AAGUCUCUCGGUUACAAUUUACAAGAGAGGAGCUCAGAGCUCACACACUAGAACUCACUUCAUUAACAAUGGCAGCUUCUUCAUCUUCAACAGCAACUCUUGCUCUCUGUUCUUCCUUCUCAUCGCACUGCAAAAUCUCUAAAAUUUCACCCUCUUCUCCUCCUCUUCUUUCAUUUUCUAAACCAAAACUCCCCUCUUCUCUUCUUUUCUCAACUUCAAGACCUCCCGCAUUCUCUUUCACUCCCAAAUACUCUGCCUCUGAAGCUCCCGCCGUUUUGGACUCCGAACCCGAAUCGCCUCCCAAACCCGCUCCUGUUUUGGAAGCGGCACCCGAGGAAGAGAAGCCCAAGCGUGAAGAAAUCUUUGCUGUUGUUAUGAUUGGAUCACGCCAAUAUAUUGUUUUCCCUGGACGAUAUAUCUAUACUCAGAGGCUAAAAGGUGCAAAUGUCAAUGAUAAGAUUGUUUUGAGCAAGGUGUUGCUUGUGGGAACAAAAACAACUACCUAUAUUGGAAAACCAGUUGUGACUAAUGCUGCUGUGCAUGCAGUAGUUGAAGAGCAGGGAUUAAAUCCUAAAGUAAUUGUCUUCAAGUAUAAGAAGAAGAAGAACUAUCGGAGAAAUAUUGGUCAUCGACAGCCGAAUACACGAAUAAGGAUUACUGGUAUCACAGGCUAUGAAGACUAUCCAGCAGUUACACUUGACUCACUUCAGUCGUAAACACUUCUUGGAGGGGGUUUAGUUGUUGCUAAAACCUCUGUGAAUCGAAAAGCUUUGAUUUUGUAUGUAAUUACCUUGCAAGUUAAAUGUUUCUAUUGAUUUAUAGACUCUUAACAAUGAGUUAUGGAGAUUCUUUUUUGUCAAAAAGAGUUGUGAAAUGUAGAAUGCCAUCUCCAAAUGGUCUUUGAUAAAUGUUCGUUUCUUCUU